AUGCUACUACGGUAUCAAUCGAUAUCGAGGAAAGAUGUCGAUCUCUUGAAAUCCCGAACACUCACCGUUUCCAUGAAAAAUGAAGUGAGAGAUAUGGUGAAGAAUCGAAUGAGAUAUUUGGAUAUGAGUCUCGAUGAUCAUAAUCUUGAUCGAUAUGAUAACCGAGAUACAAUGAUCAGCUAUGUUCUCAUCAAUCCAUCCGCUGAUUUGGCGCUCGAGGCCGGGGAUAUUGUCUACGUUCUCCGUAGCCCGGUCAGCGAGAAUGCUAAACCGACAAAAGUGAAUCCACGACGAGGAUUGAGAAGAUCGAGACAAGUGACUGAGGCCAGCGAACCACCGCCCUAUAAUGCAUCUCAAGGAGUGCCACGAAUUAUAGUCCCA